AUGCUCCGCUACCUCGCCUCCAGCCGCUGGCACGCGACGCUCGCCGACCGGGCCGUGCUAUCGCUCACGGGCGCCGACAGCCGCAAGCUGCUGCAGGGGCUGACGACGGCCAACGCCGACGAGCUCGCCGCCGGCACGCCGCUCUACACGGGCUUCCUCAAUGCGCAGGGCCGCGUGCUCGCCACCGGCUUCCUGCUGCCGGCGUCGGAGGAUGGUGUGGUCAUCGACACGCACGUCGGCUCGGCGCCGCUCCUCCUCAAGCACCUGAAGCGCUACAAGCUCCGCUCAAAGGUGGCCAUCGCUGACCGGUCAGCGGAGCUCGCCGUCGUCGCCGCGUGUGGCACCGCCGUGCCGCUCGAGCCCGCCGACGGCGUCGCGCUACCGGGCGACGGCGGCGCGUGGCGCGACCCGCGGCUCCGCUGCCUCGGCUGGCGCGGCGUGGCGCCGCGUGCGGACGGAGGCGACGCCCAGCCGCCUGCAGAGCUGCUUGGCGGGGCAGGGGGCGGGGAGGGGUCCUCCGAGGCGGCGCCGGCGGCGCUGCACGCGCUCUGCGAGGCGAUUCUCGGCGUGGGCGACGGGCCCGCCUACUUGCCACCCACUGAGGCGCUGCCGCUCGAGAGCAACCUUGAGGUGCUCGGCGGCGUCGCGUUUGACAAGGGCUGCUACCUGGGGCAGGAGCUGACGGCGAGGACGCAGUCGCGAGGCGUGACGCGCAAGCGGAUGGCGCCGCUCGUCUCGGCCUCCGUCGCGGCCGCUCUCGGCCCGCCGCCGCCCGAGGACGUCCUGCCCGCGGCCCUCUCUCACCUGCCGGCCGCGGAGAGGGCACUCGCGGCGGCGCUUCCGGUGGAGGCGUGGCUGGAGGCGCAGCCGGGCGGAGGCACGCCCGAGGGGGCGGGCAGCGCGCUGCAGGACGCGGCGGGCAAGCCGGCGGGCAAGUUGCGCCUCUUCGACAGCGCGCUCGGCCUCGGCGCCGCGCUCUGCCGCCUCGAGGCGAUGGGCGGAGGCGUGCUCACCGCAGAGGAGGCGGGCGAGGUCGUCCCGCUGCGGCCGUCGUGGUGGCCGGCCGGCGUGCACUAG